UUGAAGCGGACGGUGUUUGUAUAGGAGUUAAAAGUUCCCCAGCGGUGCAGCUCCAGUACUUUGUGAAAAUGAUGAGCCAAGCAGCUGAAGGGAGUGAUACCGGUAACGGUGUACCAUCGUCACCGAUGGUCAGAUGUGUGGCCGAGUCCAGCGCAACCCCUUGGCGUCCGAUGACGUUUCCGGACUUGUGUGGGUUUCCCGCCGCACAGCAGCUGUACGGUUUGCCGGUUCCGAUCGAUUUGAGCUUCCUACGCUCACCUGUCAGCGGUGAUGAGGAGGCAUCGGGACAGUCGCAGCAGCAGCAGCAUGUCGACUUACCGUCCUUGAAAAUGAUGAGCCAAGCAGCUGAAGGGAGUGAUACCGGUAACGGUGUACCAUCGUCACCGAUGGUCAGAUGUGUGGCCGAGUCCAGCGCAACCCCUUGGCGUCCGAUGACGUUUCCGGACUUGUGUGGGUUUCCCGCCGCACAGCAGCUGUACGGUUUGCCGGUUCCGAUCGAUUUGAGCUUCCUACGCUCACCUGUCAGCGGUGAUGAGGAGGCAUCGGGACAGUCGCAGCAGCAGCAGCAUGUCGACUUACCGUCCUUGGUAUUUUUACCUACUUUCCGGGUUUCCACUUUCGGCGGUGUCAGCGGUGCUCCACGGGAACUGCCGGAAUGGAACGACGUGAUGGUUCCCGCAAGUUCAACUGCUCAAGACACGCCGAUAAUUUUGCAACAGUUUAUCAAUGAGGAAGCGAAUAUGGCAGCCUUCAACGAUGCAGCACAGAUUGCUGAUUCGCAUGAAAAUACGGACCAGCCCGACCAGCAACCAUCCGUUGCCUCUUCAAUGAUAGUUGAGCCCAUCGGUCGAGCGGGCUUAUUCGGUUCACUGUACGCGGUUUGGUACGCUCAACUGGGAAGCGACAUCACGGAGCGUAUCCCUGAUUGCGUCCUAUAUGAUCCAGAGCUGCCACCGGAACACCAGGAACCCCCGCCGAUACUUACAUCGCUUUUGAUGUGUCAAAAAACGUCGACUGGCGAUUUGGUGACGAUACCGUAUGGCCAGAACCCGUUUUGUACCUGUUUGUACCCGUAUUGGAGAAAGUGGCCCAAAUUUAAGGAUCAAUAA